AUGGCCCCUCAAAAGUCGGCGACGAACGCCAAUUGGGACCCAAUUCUCCUCAUUUCGCAGAUCGUUUCUAUCCAAACUCUGCAUUAUUUGACACUAUGCAUUCUGGUUCCACCAUUACUAUCUAUAUUCGCAGACCCAGUGUCUCUGACCUAUGAAGGAGGCCCCUAUAACAUCGGCAUGAUCAUGGACUGGCGCGAGAUGGCCGGACGACCAACCGUCAGAGGAACGACAGAUGCCAACCUGUGGAACAGCUACAGAUGGGCGUGGAGCGGUGGGAAGAAGGUCGGGUAUGGGUACGACGAGGCGCGGUGGGACGGUCGAAUCGAUCCUAUACGUGGCUGGAUCAUCGCCGUUUGCUGGAUUGCAGCUUGCUUUGCCGAUAUCUAUUAUGUAUACAUGAUCGUCCGAAAACCCCGCAUGAUCCUCGACUUUGCGCUCACUCUAAUCUUCAACCACCUGGUUCUAACGACAUACUAUUCCGCCUCGAUACCCACUUCGCUAUUCUUCUAUGCAGUCCUUCUAGUUGGAGCUGCGCUCACCAUCAUCAUCGCCGAACAACUCUGCGUCAAGCGGGAGAUGAGGGAAGGACUGAAAGUCACGACGUUGAGACCAGAGGAGGAGGAGGCUUUGGUAGACGAGAUGGAGUUGGGUAACUUACGACGCGAUUAAUAUGACUUGUACCAUAGACCUUUAAUGACCAUGACCU